AUGCCAGAGGGAUCCGCGGAAGAGCUCCAGAGCAGCCCACCCUGCGAGAGCCAAGUGACAGAGGCUGCUGGGCUGCUGGCUCCCAGGAGCAGCAGGACAAUGGUGACAGGAGGUGGAGGCUACCUGGGGUACCAUCUGGGAUGUGCCCUUGUUAGCUCGGGAAUUGCUGUUGUGCUGUUUGAUCUUCGGAAACCUAAAUGGGAAAUUCCACACGGAGCAGAUUUUUUCAAGGGUGAUGUGAGGGAUUAUGAAGCAGUGUUCAAAGCAUGUGAAGGGGUUGACUGUGUUUUCCAUGUAGCUGCAUGUGGCAUGUCAGGAUUGGAACAACUUCAAAAGAAAGAUCAGAUUGAAUCCAUAAAUGUUGGAGGCACAAAAAUAAUAAUUGAUGUCUGCAAACAAAGAAAUAUCCCUAGACUGAUAUAUACCAGUACAGUGAAUGUGGUGUUUGGAGGGAAUCCUAUUGAAGAAGGAGAUGAAGAAACUGUACCAUAUUUUCCACUGGAAAAGCAAUUUAAUCAUUAUUCCAGAACCAAGGCAAUUGCAGACCAAAUGGUUCUUGCUGCUAAUGGAACUUUACUCAAAGGAGGGGACAAGCUCCACACGUGUGUGCUUCGCCCGCCGGGCAUCUAUGGACCAGAAGAGCAGCGGCACCUGCCUCGAGUAGCCAUAAAUAUCCAGCGGAGACUUUUUAACUUCAAGUUUGGGAAUCACAAAGUUCAGAUGAACUGGGUUCACAUAGGAAAUCUAGUGCAAGCUCAUUUACUGGCUGCUGAGGCUCUCACCUCUGAGAAGGGCUAUGUAGCUAGUGGCCAGGCUUAUUACAUCCAUGAUGGUGAAAAUGUCAUCUUCUCUGAGUGGAUUGUGCCUUUGUUUGAAAAAUUAGGCUACAGGAAACCUUGGAUACAUAUUCCUGUUCUCCUGGCUCAUAUAGCAGCCACAGUGAUGGAAUAUUUGCACCUGAUACUAAAGCCAGUUUUUAGCUUUACACCUUUCUUGACAAGGAAUGAGGUGUGGAAUGUCACUGUAACUCACACUUUCCGAAUAGACAAGGCACGAAAUCAACUCGGUUACAAACCGAAGAAAUUCUCAUUUGCAGAUUCUGUGGAUCAUUACCUAAAAACAAGACCUACCUGCCAAGAAGAUCACACAUUCCUUAAAAUGGUGUUUGUUUUUGGCAUUUUGUUAAGUUUGAUCAUUCUUUCUUUCUUCUAA